AUGCCUCAAGCGGAACUCAAACCCGCCACCGCUGGCGCAGCAAGGCCCCAUGAAGCGGCUGUCAUGCACAUAGCGGCACUGAUUGCACUCGUGCAGCUGUCGCUCGCUACAGCUGUUUCAGAUGUGGGAACGCUCACAGCAGCUGAGCUUAACCUGCAGUUAGCGGGAGAGAACGGGCUGUCUCCGUUCUUCGAAGAUAACGAUGAUACUGGGGUCAACUUCGUGAGGGGCUCCAGAGCCGUCGACUCACCUUACUCCCCGGACAUUAAUGUACAAUGUUCCUCGGAUUUCAUUGAAGUUACAGUGGAAUUUGCCGAUAUCUAUGACGGUAUUAUAUACAGCAAGGGUUUUUUGAAAGACCCCAAAUGCAAAUAUGUGACAGCUGGAGGAAGUCAGUCUCGUUACUCUUUCCGAGUACCGUUGAACGGAUGCGGUAGCCGACCACUUUGCAAUGCCUGCGGAACCAUCGAUAAUGUUCUUGUAUUCCAAACAGAUGAUUUAGUACAGGGACCCCACGAUUUCGCAAGAAAGGUAUCAUGUGCUGGCACUGCCUUACAAGUUUCCACAGGAGGAGUGAGACAAGAACAGUCACACACACUGAAGCUCAAACCAUUCAUGGUAGAUAUGCUUGACGUGGUUGCUGUAGAGGGACCCGCUGGUGGCGUCGAAUGCUGGAUGGAUAUUCAAAAAGGAAUUUUCCCUAACACGUAUCCUUUAGAAAGCUCUAUUAAAAUUGGAGAAUAUUUGACUAUAUUAAUAUACUUAAAAGAUGUUAGAAAACAAUUUAACCUCAAGAUCCACGAUUGCUGGGCAUAUGACAACGACGAUUAUGAUAGCCCUCAGACGAAUAAGAUUCAAUUAACUGACAAGGAAGGUUGUCCUAAGAAGAAAAAAUUCAUAGAUGUAUGGCAAAAAUCUACAAAUACAGGAAAGAGUGGCGCAACAUUGAUCGCUUACAGUAAAGUGAGCGCUUUCAGAUUCCCAGAAACUGAUCAAGUUUAUCUAACUUGUAAUGUAGAGCUGUGUACGAGCGGCUGUGAUGCAGACUGUACUGGAAUAAUAACAGAAAUAUCAACAAGUAGAAUAGAAGAACCUUGCUAUCCAGGAUCAACCGAUUCUCGUUGUACUAAAGUUACAACUCCAUCCGUUAUAAGAUGCUACCCAGGUAGCGACGAUCCUCGAUGCCCUAAACCAACGACCGGCAAACCAAAUUGUUAUAAUGGGAGCACAGAUCCUAGGUGCCCUAAGCCGACAACGUCUUCCUUGCCAAGAUGCUAUCCUGGUAGUACUGAUAUUCGCUGUCCUAAGCCAACAACCCCCUCACAACCGGAAGAAAAAUGUUAUCCUGGAUCACCGGAUCCCAAUUGUCCUCAACCAUCGAGACCUACGACACUUAAUCCACCAACAUAUUUGCCUCCAACGACUUCAGAGCCUAAGUGUUACCCAGGUUCGACUGACUCUAGAUGUCCUAAACCCACAACACCUGCACCACCAAACUGUUAUCCCGGAAACAAUGAUCCUCGUUGUCCUCGGCCAACUACUCCAGCUCCACCCAAUUGUUUCCCAGGCAGCUCAGACCCUCGUUGUCCGAAGCCUACUACACCUGCUCCUCCUAGGUGUUAUCCAGGCAGUAGCGAUCCAAGAUGCCCUAAGCCUACAACACCUGAACCACCUAAUUGUUUCCCCAGCAGCAAUGAUCCUCGUUGUCCCAAGCCAACUACACCUGCACCUCCUAGAUGUUAUCCUGGAAGUAGCGAUCCAAGAUGUCCAAAGCCUACAACACCUGCACCACCAAAUUGUUUCCCCGGCAGCAACGACCCGCGUUGCCCUAAGCCAACUACACCUGCUCCCCCUAGAUGCUAUCCUGGAAGUAGUGAUCCAAGAUGUCCUAAGCCUACAACACCUGCUCCACCAAAUUGUUUCCCCGGCAGCAACGAUCCUCGUUGCCCUCGGCCAACUACACCAGCUCCACCCAAUUGUUUCCCAGGAAGCUCAGAUCCUCGUUGUCCCAAGCCAACAACACCUGCUCCUCCUAGAUGUUAUCCAGGAAGUAGCGAUCCAAGAUGUCCAAAGCCUACAACACCCGCUCCACCUAAUUGCUUCCCAGGUAGCUCAGAUCCACGUUGUCCGAAACCAACAACUCCAGAGACUCCAAAAUGUUACCCUGGCAGCACUGACUUACGUUGUCCUAGGCCAACAACACCCGCACCGACAAAACCUGUAUGUUAUCCUGGUUCACCGGAUCCCAAUUGUCCUCAACCAUCGAGACCUACGACACUAAAUCCACCAACAUACUUGCCUCCAACAACUUCAGAGCCUGAGUGUUACCCAGGUUCGACAGACUCUAGGUGCCCUCAACCCACAACACCUGAACCACCAAAUUGUUUCCCUGGAAACAACGAUCCUCGUUGUCCUCGGCCAACUACUCCAGCUCCACCCAAUUGUUUCCCAGGCAACUCAGACCCUCGUUGUCCAAAGCCUACUACACCUGCUCCUCCUAGAUGUUAUCCAGGCAGUAGCGAUCCAAGAUGUCCUAAGCCUACAACACCUGAACCACCAAAUUGUUUCCCCGGCAGCAACGAUCCUCGCUGUCCCAAGCCAACUACACCUGCACCUCCCAGAUGUUAUCCUGGAAGUAGUGAUCCAAGAUGUCCUAAGCCAACGACACCUGCGCCACCAAAUUGUUUCCUCGGUAGCAGUGAUCCUCGUUGUCCCAAGCCAACUACACCUGCUCCUCCUAGAUGUUAUCCAGGCAGUAGCGAUCCAAGAUGUCCAAAGCCUACAACACCUGCACCACCAAAUUGUUUCCCCGGCAGCAAUGACGCUCGUUGUCCAAAGCCAACAACACCUGCUCCUCCUAGAUGUUAUCCAGGAAGUAGCGAUCCAAGAUGUCCAAAGCCUUCAACACCCGCUCCACCAAAUUGCUUCCCAGGUAGCUCAGACCCACGUUGUCCGAAACCAAUAACUCCAGAGACUCCAAAAUGUUACCCUGGCAGCACUGACUUACGUUGUCCUAGGCCAACAACACCCGCACCGACAAAACCUGUAUGUUACCCUGGUUCACCGGAUCCCAGUUGUCCUCAACCAUCGAGACCUACGACACUAAAUCCACCAACAUAUUUGCCUCCAACGACUUCAGAACCUAAGUGUUACCCAGGGUCGACAGACUCUAGGUGUCCUAAGCCCACAACACCUGCACCACCAAAUUGUUUCCCUGGAAGCAACGAUCCUCGUUGCCCUCGGCCAACUACUCCAGCUCCGCCUAAUUGUUUCCUAGGUAGCUCAGACCCUCGUUGUCCCAAGCCAACUACUCCUGCACCUCCUAGAUGCUAUCCUGGAAGUAGCGAUCCAAGAUGUCCAAAGCCUACGACACCUGAACCACCUAAUUGUUUCCCCGGCAGCAAUGAUCCUCGUUGUCCCAAGCCAACUACACCUGCACCUCCUAGAUGCUAUCCUGGAAGUAGCGAUCCAAGAUGUCCAAAGCCUACAACGCCUGCACCACCAACUUGUUUCUCCGGCAGCAAUGACCCGCGAUGCCCUAAGCCAACUACACCUGCUCCCCCUAGGUGUUAUCCCGGAAGUAGCGAUCCAAGAUGUCCAAAACCUACAACACCUGCACCACCAAAUUGUUUCCCCGGCAGCAAUGACGCUCGUUGUCCCAAGCCAACGACACCUGCUCCUCCCAGAUGUUAUCCUGGAAGUAGCGAUCCAAGAUGUCCAAAACCUACAACACCUGCACCACCAAAUUGUUUCCCCGGCAGCAAUGACGCUCGUUGUCCCAAGCCAACGACACCUGCUCCUCCCAGAUGUUAUCCAGGAAGUAGCGAUCCAAGAUGUCCAAAACCUACAACACCCGCCCCACCUAAUUGCUUCCCAGGUAGCUCAGAUCCACGUUGUCCGAAACCAACAACUCCAGAGACUCCAAACUGUUACCCUGGCAGCACUGACUUACGUUGUCCUAGGCCAACAAAACCGGCACCGACAAAACCUGUAUGCUACCCUGGUUCACCGGAUCCCAAUUGUCCUCAACCAUCGAGACCUACGACACUAAAUCCACCAACAUAUUUGCCUCCAACGACUUCAGAACCUAAGUGUUACCCAGGUUCAACAGACUCUAGAUGUCCUAAACCCACACCACCUACACCACCAAACUGUUAUCCCGGAAGCAAUGAUCCUCGUUGUCCUCAGCCAACUACUCCAGCUCCACCCAACUGUUUCCCAGGUAGCUCAGACCCUCAUUGUCCCAAGCCAACUACACCUGCACCUCCUAGAUGUUAUCCUGGAAGUAGCGAUCCAAGAUGUCCAAAGCCUACAACACCUGCACCACCAAAUUGUUUCUUCGGCAGCAACGACCCUCGUUGCCCUAAGCCAACUACACCUGCUCCCCCUAGAUGCUAUCCUGGAAGUAGUGAUCCAAGAUGUCCUAAGCCUACAACACCUGCUCCCCCUAGAUGCUAUCCUGGAAGUAGUGAUCCAAGAUGUCCUAAGCCUACAACACCUGCUCCACCAAAUUGUUUCCCCGGCAGCAACGAUCCUCGUUGCCCUCGGCCAACAACACCAGCUCCACCCAAUUGUUUCCCAGGUAGCUCAGAUCCUCGUUGUCCCAAGCCAACAACACCUGCUCCUCCUAGAUGUUAUCCAGGGAGUAGCGAUCCAAGAUGUCCAAAGCCUACAACACCCACUCCAACAAAACCUGUAUGUUACCCCGGUUCACCAGAUCCCAAUUGUCCUCAACCAUCGAGACCUACGACACUAAAUCCACCAACAUAUUUGCCUCCAACGACUUCAGAACCUAAGUGUUACCCAGGUUCAACAGACUCUAGAUGUCCUAAACCCACACCACCUACACCACCAAACUGUUAUCCCGGAAGCAAUGAUCCUCGUUGUCCUCGGCCAACUACUCCAGCUCCACCCAACUGUUUCCCAGGUAGCUCAGACCCUCGUUGUCCCAAGCCAACUACACCUGCACCUCCUAGAUGUUAUCCUGGAAGUAGCGAUCUAAGAUGUCCAAAGCCUACAACACCUGCACCACCAAAUUGUUUCUUCGGCAGCAACGACCCUCGUUGCCCUAAGCCAACUACACCUGCUCCCCCUAGAUGCUAUCCUGGAAGUAGUGAUCCAAGAUGUCCUAAGCCUACAACACCUGCUCCCCCUAGAUGCUAUCCUGGAAGUAGUGAUCCAAGAUGUCCUAAGCCUACAACACCUGCUCCACCAAAUUGUUUCCCCGGCAGCAACGAUCCUCGUUGCCCUCGGCCAACAACACCAGCUCCACCCAAUUGUUUCCCAGGUAGCUCAGAUCCUCGUUGUCCCAAGCCAACAACACCUGCUCCUCCUAGAUGUUAUCCAGGGAGUAGCGAUCCAAGAUGUCCAAAGCCUACAACACCCACUCCAACAAAACCUGUAUGUUACCCCGGUUCACCAGAUCCCAAUUGUCCUCAACCAUCGAGACCUACGACACUAAAUCCACCAACAUAUUUGCCUCCAACGACUUCAGAACCUAAGUGUUACCCAGGUUCAAAAGACUCUAGAUGUCCUAAACCCACACCACCUACACCACCAAACUGUUAUCCCGGAAGCAAUGAUCCUCGUUGUCCUCGGCCAACUACUCCAGCUCCACCCAACUGUUUCCCAGGUAGCUCAGACCCUCGUUGUCCCAAGCCAACUACACCUGCACCUCCUAGAUGUUAUCCUGGAAGUAGCGAUCCAAGAUGUCCAAAGCCUACAACACCUGCACCACCAAAUUGUUUCUUCGGCAGCAACGACCCUCGUUGCCCUAAGCCAACUACACCUGCUCCCCCUAGAUGCUAUCCUGGAAGUAGUGAUUCAAGAUGUCCUAAGCCUACAACACCUGCUCCACCAAAUUGUUUCCCCGGUAGCAACGAUCCUCGUUGCCCUCGGACAACUACACCAGCUCCACCCAAUUGUUUCCCAGGAAGCUCAGAUCCUCGUUGUCCCAAGCCAACCACACCUGCUCCUCCUAGAUGUUAUCCAGGAAGUAGUGAUCCAAGAUGUCCAAAACCUACAACACCCGCUCCACCUAAUUGCUUCCCAGGUAGCUCAGAUCCACGUUGUCCGAAACCAACAACUCCAGAGACUCCAAAAUGUUACCCUGGCAGCACUGACUUACGUUGUCCUAGGCCAACAUCACCCGCACCGACAAAACCUGUAUGCUACCCUGGUUCACCGGAUCCCAAUUGUCCUCAACCAUCGAGACCUACGACACUAAAUCCACCAACAUAUUUGCCUCCAACGACUUCAGAGCCUAAGUGUUACCUAGGUUCGACUGACUCUAGAUGUCCUAAACCCACAACACCUGCACCACCAAACUGUUAUCCCGGAAGCAAUGAUCCUCGUUGUCCUCGGCCAACUACUCCAGCUCCACCCAAUUGUUUCCCAGGCAGCUCAGACCCUCGUUGUCCGAAGCCUACUACACCUGCUCCUCCUAGAUGUUAUCCUGGAAGUAACGAUCCAAGAUGUCCAAAGCCUACAACACCUGCACCACUAAAUUGUUUCCCCGGUAGCAACGACCCUCGUUGCCCUAAGCCAACUACACCUGCUCCCCCUAGAUGCUAUCCUGGAAGUAGUGAUCCAAGAUGUCCUAAGCCUACAACACCUGCUCCACCAAAUUGUUUCCCCGGCAGCAACGAUCCUCGUUGCCCUCGGCCAACUACUCCAGCUCCCCCCAAUUGUUUCCCAGGCAGCUCAGAUCCUCGUUGUCCCAAGCCAACCACACCUGCUCCUCCUAGAUGUUAUCCAGGAAGUAGUGAUCCAAGAUGUCCAAAACCUACAACACCCGCUUUACCUAAUUGCUUCCCAGGUAGCUCAGAUCCACGUUGUCCGAAACCAACAACUCCAGAGACUCAAAAAUGUUACCCUGGCAGCACUGACUUACGUUGUCCUAGGCCAACAACACCCGCACCGACAAAACCUGUAUGCUACCCUGGUUCACCAGACCCCAAUUGUCCUCAGCCAUCGAGACCUACGACAUUAAAUCCACCAACAUAUUUACCUCCAACGACGUCGAAACCUAACUGUUUCCCAGGUUCUACAGAUUUACGUUGCCCUAAGCCUACUACACCUGAACCUCUACGAUGCUAUCCUGGUAGCAAUGAUCCUCGUUGCCCUAAACCUACCACGCCUGAACCUCCACGAUGCUAUCCUGGUAGCAAUGAUCCUCGUUGCCCUAAACCUACUACGCCUGAACCUCCACGAUGCUAUCCCGGCAACAAUGAUCCUCGUUGUCCUAAGCCUACCACGCCUGAACCUCCACGAUGCUAUCCUGGUAGCAAUGAUCCUCGUUGCCCUAAACCUACCACGCCUGAACCUCCACGAUGCUAUCCUGGUAGCAAUGAUCCUAGUUGCCCUAAACCUACUACGCCUGAACCUCCACGAUGCUAUUCCGGCAGCAAUGAUCCUCGUUGCCCGAAACCUACCACGCCGGAACCUCCACGAUGCUAUCCUGGUAGCAAUGAUCCUCGUUGCCCUAAACCUACUACGCCUGAACCUCCACGAUGCUAUCCCGGCAGCAAUGAUCCUCGUUGCCCUAAACCUACUUCGCCUGAACCUCCACGAUGCUAUCCCGGCAGUAAUGAUCCUCGUUGCCCUAAACCUACUUCGCCUGAACCUCCACGAUGCUAUCCCGGCAGUAAUGAUCCUCGUUGCCCUAAACCUACUACGACUGAACCUCCGCGAUGCUAUCCCGGUAGUAAUGACCCUCGUUGCCCUAAGCCUACAACAACUGAAACAAGUCCCACACCCAGUUCGUGCUAUCCUGGUUCCAAAGACCCUAAAUGUCCUCAGCCAUUUGCUCCAAGUAGUACUAAUCCCCCAACAACAUACCUACCACCCUUCCCUUCUGAAAAUGAAAUAAAAUCUAACCGCGUCAAUAGAUUAGCAGAUAAAAAUGUAGAUUAUUACGAUGACGCUCUCCCCGAAAUAGAUAAUUUUGAGUUCUCCCGCACUCAGCCGCGAUCGAGAAAAGCCAGAGGUUUAAGUAAUUCUGCCGAUGAAUUUUCUAAAAUUACAGAAUAUUUAGGAUCCGAAUAUAUGGCACUAAUGGGAUCAGUUAUGUUUGUAAUAUUAUCUGUAGCUAUUGCUUUGAUGAUAAUCAGAUAUAAGAAAAACCUUAAGUUAAGACAAGACUCGAAAAAUAAUGUAAAUACUCAUCCUUGC